AUGAACCUUUCCGACAGCCUCGUGUGCUGGGCAUUGGCGGGGAGGCACCUCGGGCGGGAUCAGGGCCUCCGUCUCGCGCACCGCCAGCGUGAACACCUGGUCCACCCUCCGCUGGAUCUUGGCCGUGACCCCCGGGAACGGGCAGGGCCCCUCGCGGGCCCGCGCCAUCAGCACCUGGCGCUCGGCGUCCCGGUCGGCCUGGGUGCCCACCAGCACCAGCAGGACGGCCCCGGGUUCCCACAGCCCGCGCAGGCGCUCGCGCAGCGGCCUCACGGCCGGGAACGAGGCCUGGCUGCACACGCCCGGGAGCACCGCGAAGCCGUCGCCGUGGCGGAUGUCCAGGUCCUGGAGCGUGACCAGGGAGAAGGCCUGGAAAUUAUCACCGGACCAACUCAAAAUUACAGUUUUCCAGAACUUACAUACCUUCUAAGCGGUAUGUCUACGUGUAACUCCUACGAGGGUGGGACUGCACAUGGCUCGCUGCUGCGUCUGCAGUGUCUAGAACAGCACCUACCACAUGCUGAAAAGCUUACGGCAUAACAUGGAACAAUGUAGUGUUAAUGUAAGGAGAGGAAAGACCCAGUAAGUGACAGCCUCCUUCUUCCUGCCCAAGACCCAACCAGUCCAGAGAUAACACGACAAACAGGACUCAAGAACAUGCACACGAAAGCGCCAGCUCUGUCACAGAUCACGUCUGGGCUGGAGCAGGUAACUUUGGUGGCUGCACCAUGGAUCUUCUUAUUCCUACAUCACAGAUUUGGUCUCACUGACCAGACUUAGGCAGCCCCAGUGGGAGUUCCUGUUUCGGGAAGUCAGGGACCGCGAACGGAGGGACUGGCUGGAGCCGCGGCAGAGGAACAUAAAUUGUGAAGAUUUCAUGGACAUUUAUCAGUUCCCAAAUAACACUUUUAUAAUUUCUUAUGCCUGUCUUUACUUUAAUCUCAAUCCUGUUAUCUUCGUAAGCUGAGGAUGUAUGUCACCUCAGUACCACUGUGAUAAUUGUGUUAACUGUACAAGUUGAUUAUAAAAUAUGUGUGUUUGAACAAUAUGAAAUUAGUGCACCUUGAAAAAGAACAUAAUAACAGCGAUUUUUAGGGAACAAGGAAAGACAAACAUAAGGUCUGACUGCCUGCAGGGUCGGGCAAAAAGAGCCAUAUUUUUCUUCUUGCAGAGAGCCUAUAAAUGGACAUGCAAGUAGGGAAGAUAUCACUAAAUUCUUUUCCUAGCAAGGAAUAUUAAUAUUAAUACCCUGGGAAAGGAAUGAGUUCCUGGGGGGAGAUCUAUAAAUGGCCACUCUGGGAAUGUCUGUCUUAUGCAGUUGAGAUAAGGACUGAGAUACACCCUGGUCUCCUGCAGUACCCUCAGGCUUACUAGGGUCAGGAAACUCCACCCUGGUAAAUUUGUGGUCAGACCAGUUCUCUGCUCUUGCACCCUGUUUUCUGUUGUUUAAGAUGUUUAUCAAGACAAUACGUGCACUGCUGAACAUAGACCCUUAUCAGUAGUUCUGCUUUUGCCCUUUGUCCUGUUCCCUCAGAAGCAUGUGAUCUUUGUACGUACUGCCUGUUCUUACACCCCCUCCCCUUUUGAAACCCUUAAUAAAAACUUGCUGGUCUG